AUGUCCCGCUUCCUGACCUCGCGCGUCGCACACUUUGUCGCCAAGAUGCGCCCUGAUACUAUCGCUGUUCUUUGCUGCCUCCUCCUGGUGACUCUCGGGAUCGGCCACUCCAUCGUAACCUCUGGCGUCGUUUCCAAGGUUGUCGACCGCCUCGGCGACGUUUUUGACUCCCUAUACUGGCAAGUAAACUAUGCAUACUGGGACUUCUGCUACGAGUAUUCCAACAACGGACUUCCGACCUACCUCCGUGUCCUCGCUCUCUUCAUGAUCUGUGCCUUUACACCACGUGUUCUGGGUGAGUUCUUGCACUGGUUAGACCUUUUUCCGAAAGCAUACCAAAAACACGCUGAAGAACUUGCCGAUAAGGGAGAAUCGCCUAACACGAGGAAACCUACCACACCUAUCGUCGCUCCCAUAGCACUGCCGCCUCCCUUGCCAGUCCCUCCCUCAUACCCGCCGCCUUUUCAGUUCCCUUUCAAGAACUUCCGCGGGACCGGCGAAUCAUACGCUCAUCCCGGUCGAAAGGGCCCGAUGCAAUAUCCAAUAUUCUGA